CCACAUGAGAAACAGUGUGGAGGAAGAUUUGGAGGAACUGCCUGCAACAAACACAGGCCCCAAAGGAGUAAUUAAUGACUGGCGUAGAUUCAAACUUGAAAGUGAAGAUCAUGAAUCAAUUCCUCCAAACAAACGGGAGCUUCUCAGACAGAUGUCUUCACCCUACAGACCCCCUAAAGGUGAUGAAAAAGAAUUGCGUGAAAGAUUAAAUCGCAAGAUGAGCAUACAAGAGUAUGAACUGAUCCAGGAUGAAGAUGAGAAGUCUCUACGAAAAUAUCGUAAGCAAUGCAUGCAAGAGAUGCACCAGAGACUGAGCUUUGGACCCAGAUUUGGUUGCCUGUAUGACCUGGAAAGUGGAGAACAGUUUUUAGAGGUGAUUGAAAAGGAACACAGACUGACCAUCGUGGUAGUCCACAUUUAUGAGGAUGAGGUCAAGGGCUGUGAUGCACUUAAUAACUGUUUGAGCUGUCUGGCCACUGAGUACCCAUCUGUAAAGUUCUGCAAGAUCAAGGCUUCCAACACAGGGGCCAGUGAUCGCUUUUCAGAUGGUGUGUUACCUACUCUGCUGGUUUACAAGGCAGGUGAGUUAGUAGGGAACUUCUUAAGUAUAACAGAGCACCUGAAUGAGGAGUUUUUUGCGGUGGAUGUAGAAUGCUUUUUGAAUGAGUAUGGUCUAUUACCAGAGAAAGAGUUUGGAGCAUGUCAGAACACAGGAAGUGAAGAUGAUGCUGAUGUGGAAUAA